GCAUAGCAUACUCACCACCAUCAACGUGACCUCCCUUUCGCUAUAUAUCUUCUUCUCUUUUGCUCUUUGUAAACUCUACAACCAUAAUAUAUAUAAUACAUAUAUAUAUCGGACUAUAUAGUCAUCUCAUAAUCUUUAAUUAUCACCAUGGAUGAGCAAAAAAGAGGUUUGGAUCAAUUUGAAUAUGAAGAUGAGAAUGAGAAAUGGGUUAAUGAUUCUUCUUUGGAUCAUAAAGGACAAGUUCCUCUUCGAGCUUCCACCGGUUCAUGGAAAGCCUCCUUUUUUAUCAUCGCAAUUGAGUUCAGUGAGAGAUUGAGUUACUUUGGGAUAGCAACAAGCUUAAUCAUAUACUUAACAAAAGUAAUGCAUGAAGAUCUAAAGACAGCAGCAAAGAGUGUUAAUUAUUGGUCUGGUGUUACUACAUUGAUGCCUUUGUUUGGAGGAUUCAUUGCUGACUCUUAUUUGGGUCGCUUCUAUACUGUCUUUGCUUCUACCAUCGUAUACCUUUUGGGCUUAAUAUUGCUGACCAUGUCAUGGUUUGCACCUAGCCUAAGAGCUUGUAAACAUGGUGAAACAUGCCAAGAGCCAAGGAAAAUCCAUGUAAUAAUAUUCUUCCUGGCCAUAUACCUCAUAUCCAUUGGAACUGGAGGCCAUAAACCAGCUUUGGAGAGCUUUGGAGCUGACCAAUUUGAUGAAGAAAAUCCCAAAGAAAGAAAACAAAAGAUGUCAUAUUUUAAUUGGUGGAACUUUGGCCUUUGCUCUGGACUCCUCAUUGGUGUAACUGUGAUUGUGUAUUUGCAAGACCAUGUGAGUUGGGGUGUGGCUGACAUUGUACUAACAGCGGUUAUGGCAAUUUCUUUGGCCAUAUUCAUCAUUGGAAGGCCGGUCUACCGUUACCGGAGACCGACCGGGAGCCCUUUGACGCCAAUGUUGCAAGUUCUUGUGGCUGCCAUUCGAAAGAGGGCUCUUCCCUACCCUGCCAACCCUGCAUUUCAAUUGUAUGAAGCUCCCAAGUUAGAUAGGUCACAUGGCAGGCUUUUGUGUCACACCAAAAAUCUCAAAUUUUUGGACAAAGCAGCCAUAGUAGAAGACAUAAGCAACUCAGCUGAGAAAGAAGAUCCAUGGAGAUUGGCGACAGUGACAAAGGUUGAGGAAAUGAAGCUAGUUCUCAACAUGAUCCCCAUUUGGGUAGCCACUUUACCAUUUGGCAUAUGUAUUGCUCAGUCUUCAACCUUCUUCAUCAAACAAGGCGUCACCAUGGAUAGAAAGAUCAAUGGCUUCGAAAUUCCUCCGGCAUCAAUUUAUGCCCUCGCUGCCAUUGGAAUGAUAAUCUCUGUCACCCUCUACGAGAAAGUUUUAGUCCCAGUUAUGAGGAAGAUUACAGGAAAUGAACGAGGUAUCAACAUCCUCCAAAGGAUUGGAAUUGGAAUGUUCUGUUCGAUAGUCACAAUGGUAGUUUCAGCUCUGGUCGAGAAAAAAAGACUGGAAAAUGUUCGACAAAAUGUUGCAACAAAUACUUUUGUUCCCAUGAGUGUGUUUUGGUUGGCACCUCAGUUUGUGAUCGUUGGUUUUGGAGAUGGGUUUGCUCUAGUGGGCUUGCAAGAGUACUUUUAUGACCAAGUUCCUGAUUCCAUGCGAAGUUUGGGGAUUGCAUUUUACUUGAGUGUGAUUGGGGCAUCUAGUUUUCUCAGCAGUAUUCUGAUAACAAUUCUUGACCACAUCACUGAGAAGAGUGGGAAGAGUUGGUUUGGUAAGGACUUGAACAGCAGCCGUUUAGACAAGUUUUAUGGGCUACUGGCUAUUAUGGUAGCAGUUAACUUGUGCUUUUACGUGCUCUUGGCUCGUCGUUACUCUUACAAGAAUGUUCAAAAGGUGGUCGUGGCAGACUGUUAUGAUGACAAAAAUAAUCCAACCUCUAUGGCUUGACAGUAAUUAUAUAAUUAUUGUAUGGAUUUAGAUCAUAAAUUUAUAUUAUAUAUAUGAUAUAUUUAAGUGAUGUGUUGGGAAGAAUGAAAAUCAUCAAGGGAGCCAAUUACAUAUAUGUAGUAGUAUAUUGUAUGGGUAGAAAAGGCAUACCUUAUAUCUCUGUAAAUUCUGCGUGCAUUUGAUCAGUAUCUCUUGAUCAAUUUUUUUCUUAGUUGAAGAAUUCAAGCAUGCUGUAUAUGUAAUUCAUAUAGUUUAUAAUUUUUAUAUGCAU